UGUCCCAAAACAAGGGGUCGGGUAUAUAAGCGACUGAACGACAAGUAACAUCAUAACGACACCAUUCCUCACUUAGACCGCGGAACUUACAUUCCCUCACUCUCUACCGACCUGCCUGCCGAGUGGCUACCGAGAGUUGCAGAGAUGCUUCUUACCACGAGUGUGUACCAGCUCGCGCUCUUCUGCCUUCUUAUAAGUAGUUGUCAAGCUGUCAAGAACGGCGCCACGGAAAACUUAAACGCUCAGUUGAUCAGUAUGGUCCAGGAUACACCGAGUAGUAAUGUAUCAAUGAAUCAAGCACGCAACGGAGGAAGGCGUUUGACCAGCGCUGCGCGGAAAGAGCAGGGCCAGGCACAGAGCCAGGUGGGCUGCAGAGAGCUGCGUUCCACCAAGUACAUCUCAGAUGGUCAGUGCACCAGCCUGAACCCGGUCAAGGAGCUGGUUUGUGCUGGGGAGUGUCUCCCCUCCCACCUGCUGCCCAACUGGAUCGGUUCAGGCCCCGGCUACACCGGGAAGUUCUGGAGCCGGCGGGAGGCCCAGGAGUGGCGCUGCGUCAUCGACCGGACCCGGACCCAGCGCAUCAGCCUGCAGUGUCAGGACGGAAGCUCCAGGACCUACAAGAUCACAGUGGUUACUUCCUGCAAGUGUAAACGCUACUCCAGACAGAACAAUGACUCUGGGAAUGGGAAGUCAGAGGUGGAGGUGGGGCAGGCCCAGGGCCAGGCCUCCACACUCCAGAGGAGGAAGGGAAAGGAAGGGAAGAAUGGACGUUCUGGGCAGGAGGACUGGGUGGAAGAACAGCCUAAAAAAUACUGAACUGAGCCCUCUGGUCAGGGGGGUUCUGUACACCUCUGAGGGGAUGGAAGGUCUAUCUGUGGCCCCACUUCAGAAACAACUUCAACACCAACAGACACUAGUUUUGUUUAGAAGGCAUCAAUGUGUUCGCUGUGUUUAAUGCAGCUAUAUGGAGGAGGCUAUGGAAUGAUUCCUCAGACAGUGCAACUGGUUUGCCAAAUAUUGACUACUGUGGAUGUGUUUGUGAAUGUAUGUGUUUUUGUAUGUGAUAGAAUGAGACUAGUUCAAAUCGCACAAGAACUGCAUUUGACAACGUAAGAUGAGGUGUUCUCUCAACAGCUGAAUAUGUUGUCCAAAUAAUAAUGUUUAGAUUAACAGAAAAUGGCAUAGUAUGUAUAUAAAUAGUGAUUCUAUACUCUGGGUUACUUUUCAAAGUAUGUAAAGGAUUACUAUGACAAUGUAAUAUAUCUUUGUACGGGGAUAGCUGAACUUAAUAGAAAUAAGUUCAUGUUUUUAUAUAUUUGCUAGAUUCCAUGUAAUUACUUUCGGGACAAAUUGUGUCUCAAAUUAUUUGCCUUUGGAUAAUGAAAUAAAUAGUGCCUACCAUGA